UUAAAUAAAUACAUUAUUGACUCAUAUAACUACUGUAUAUCUCUGUACAGAAAUGCCAAUAAGAACUGGACCAGGAUUCAGGACCACUUCUUCUUUGGUGUCUUUCAUCCUGUUAGAGACUAUAGUGUGGAAACCAUAUUCUACACAUUCCCCAGCCUAUCGGAGGUGUUUGAGGACGAGUGGAUUCCGCCCUGGAAGUUUGAGAAAUUGGUGGACUUCUCCCAGAGUGCAUCUCURCCGUUGAGAAACCCUGUCCCUGACCUGAGCCAGAUUCAGCCUGGAGACUGGAUCCAGCAGGAUAAAGGGGAUCAGGAUGGUGAGGAGCGCUGGGCCGAGGUCCAGAAGAAGAUGACCCCCUGGAGGUUGGGGAUCCAGGAACAGGAGCCAGAGCUGGGUCUGGUGCCCCAGCAGAGAGCAGCACGCCUGGGCAAGCUGCACAGUGCCCUCCUGGUGGUUGCCUCGCUCAUAGACAAGCCCACCAACCUGGGAGGUCUGUGUAGGACGUGUGAGAUCUUUGGGGCCAGUGGUCUGGUGUUGGACAGUCUUCGCCACGUCAGUGAUAAACACUUCCAGGCCCUGAGUGUCUCCUCUGAGCUAUGGCUCCCCCUACUGGAGGUGAAGCCCGUAGAACUGGCUGACUUCCUGCAGCUGAAGAAGAGGGAGGGCUACUGCAUUGUGGGAGUGGAGCAGACAGCCAAUAGUCAGAGUCUAAAGGACUAG